AAAGGAUUUAUAGAUGGUGAUUGGACUACUGACUGGAAAGAAGGGUGGGGGCUGGACAGAGUCAAAGGAAAAGCUGCCAUGGCAACACCAGAGCUUGAGGCUUGAAGAAGGAGAUGAGCUAAAGAGGUAUGGUUUUUCUUAUGGAAAGUAUUCAGUUAUUUCAUGAUGGCAUUUGCACCUCCAAAAAGCAUAGAUGGCCCCAAAAUGCAGACAAAGAUGAGUACCUGGACACCCCUAAACCAUCAGCUUUUGAAUGACCGGGUAUUUGAAGAAAGAAGAGCUCUGCUUGGAAAAUGGUUUGACAAAUGGACAGACUCUCAACGGAGAAGAAUCUUGACAGGCCUGUUAGAACGUUGCUCCCUGGCACAGCAAAAGUUCUGCUGUCGAAAGCUUCAGGAAAAAAUUCCAGCAGAAGCUCUGGAUUUUACUACCAAGCUUCCAAGGGUGUUAUCUUUAUACAUCUUUUCUUUCCUGGACCCCCGAAGCCUUUGUCGUUGUGCACAGGUGAGCUGGCACUGGAAGAACUUAACUGAGCUGGAUCAGCUCUGGAUGCUCAAAUGUUUACGAUUUAACUGGUACAUCAAUUUCUCUCCAACUCCCUUUGAGCAGGGUAUAUGGAAGAAGCACUACAUUCAAAUGGUAAAAGAACUUCAUGUUAGCAAGCCUAAGACACCUCCAAAAGACAGGUUUGCGGUUGCUGACAUUCAACCAGUUACAAGCAGUUCUCCAGAGGAAAAGCAGUUUCCAGCAUCCGCUUUCCGGUCCUCUUCCUCUUUGAGAAAGAAGACUCACGGGGAGAAAGAACUCCCACCCUGGCGAUCCUCUGACAAACAUCCAACUGAUAUCAUUCGCUUCAAUUACCUGGACAACUGUGAUCCCAUUGUGCAAAUCUGGCAAGGAAGGAGGAAAAGACAUGAAAUGAACCCAGAUUUCAGCCGACAGUCACAUGAUAAGAAAAAUAAAUUGCAGGAUAGAUCUAAACUAAGGAAAGCACAGUCACUGUAAAUUCUCAAUUUACACAUGGAAGCAAGAUCUCGAAAGUCUAGAAGACAGGAAAAACAAAACCUCCUGGGACAAUUCACAAAAACUGAAGGGUGGUCUUUGGACUUCCUGGGACCUGGAGGUAGACUCAGAGGACCCCAGCUGACAUCUUGUUUCAUGUCAUUUUUCUUUUUCUUUUUCCUACCAAGUUAAGUUUAAAAACAUUAAGUACCUUUUAGCUCACACUGCUUUUUCUUGGCGAUCAGAGAAGUCCUCACUUUCUAGGUUCUGAUCUGACCACGGAUUUCAAAAAGCUUGCUGUUUCAGAGCAUUCACCUAAAUGCUAGUAACAAAAAAGCCUUUAGUUGCCUGCUUACUCUAAUUGCUUUAGAUAAGACCUUAUCUUUUUCUGUACUCUGCUAAUUCAAGCUUCUGCAGUUACCUUCCAACGCUUUCCAAGCUAACUUGGUUUUUAGUGUCCUGAUCUUUUAAAUGCUUCUGUGAGCUUUGUCACCUUUUUUUCAUCCCCUCUCUGAAUCAGAAGAGGAGGAAAAAAGAAUAUACUCCAAAGUGAUAGCUGAUUCUUGUCGUGAAAGAACAAUGGCUUAAGAAUCAGGAAAGCCAGUUUUCUGGCCUCUGCUCUACAAUUAACUAGCAGUCACUCAACCUUUGAGUUUUCAUUUUCCCAUUUAUAAAAUGAGAGUUUGGAUCCCAACAUCUUUAAAGUCCAUUCCUGUCUAACUAAAGCCUGGAGCUGCAGAACCCCACAGUCCCCUGCACAUUUAUUCCCUGCUUUCUUCUGAUGCGGAGGGACACAGCUGUGACUAAAGUGACUUUGCAUAGAAUACCAGAAAGAAUCAAUCACACUGGUGAGUUCUGAUUAUAAACCAAUGGAAACUGGUUUCUGUCUCCUAUCCUUUUCUUUGAACUUCAGAAAAUACAAUUAACUGUAACAGAAGUAUUUACGAAACAAACCUAUGCAGUGGUUUCCUUACAGGCAGUCUUUAAUAGACUUCUUUCAAAGUCUGAUGACUUCCCCAGGUGUUUGUUUAUUUGGUUUGGAUGAGCAGAAUUAGAAAUCUCAACAGGAGAGAUCUUUAAUUAUUUAGCUCAAUCAGUGAAACUCAUGAGAGUUCCAUUUGGAAUACAGAGUAAGAAAGAAUAUGGGCUUUGUGGUCAGAGAGACCAGAGUUCUUUUACCAAAUAGCACAAUUUUGGAUAAGUGAGUGGCCAAACCUUUCUGAGCCUCUAUUUCUUCAUCUGUAAAAUGGGAAUAAUGAUUCCUCCCUUGUAGGAUUGUUGUCCGGACUAAAUGCCAGGUGUAUCUUAGGUAUUCAAUACUUGUUUGUGUUCUCUCUCAUUAAAUACCAUCUUAUCUUGCGGGGCACCUGGCUGGCUCAGUUGGAAGAACAUGAGACUCUCGAUAUCCAGAUCAUGAGUUCAAGCCCCAUGUUGGGUGUAGAGUAUUACUUAAAUAAACUUAAAAAGAAAUACCGUAUUAUCUUUCACUUUGCUGACCAAGAGUAUAGAUUUGGGACUCAAACAGCCUAGGUUCAAUGCCUGAUACCACAAUUUUAUCUAUUUGUUUUUUAAAUGUUUAUUUAUUUUGGUGGGGGGAGGGGCAGAGAGGGAGACAGAGAAUCCUAAGCAGGCCCGAACCCUUGAACUGUGAGAUCAUGACCCUACUGGAGCAGAAAUCCAGAGUUGGAUGCUCAACCACUCAACUGACUGAGCCACCCAGGUGCCCCUAUUUUAUUUAUUUUUUUAAAAGCUCCAGACCCAGCAUAGGCUUGAACUGGUGACCCCGAGAGAUCAAGAGUCUCAUGCUCUACCAACUGAGCCAGCCAGGUAGCCCAUGGCACCAGUUUUAGUAGCUCAGUGAUUUGGGUCAGUUAUUAACCUCUGGGAGGUUCUGUUUCCUCAUCUGUAAAACGGAGUUAGUAAUGACACUAACCUCACAGAGUUACCAGAAGGGGUAUAAGGCAUUUAGUAGUGCCUAGCUCAAAUAAGUAUUCAGUAAGUAGCAGCUGGUGUAGGUAAUAGCAAUUACCAGUAUCAAAAUCCCACCAGGUCACUGCCUGAGGCUGCAGGAGAGAGAGAGAGAGAGAGAGAGAGAGAGAGAGAGAGAGAGAGAGAGAACACUGAUGGUGAAAGCUGCAGAGAGGUCAGGCAGUAGCCAAGGGACAUUGGCAGCAGGCUCUCUCCCCAUGGAAUAAGCUCUUUCUCGCUUGUACUUUUACUUGCCCUCAGUUUUAGCUCCCUUUGUCUUUUGUUUCCCCCAUGGUUUCCACUAUGUGAAAAGUGAUUGCAUCCAUAGCGGCUGAAAUGUGAGCUACCUAUUUUUUUUCCUGCAUGGUCUCUGUACAGUCUGCCCCUGCACAUGCAUACAUGUAUUCCCUCCUCAGUGACAUUGGGUCUUUUAUUCCACACUCAGACUGAACUGUGCAUGUGUGUUGAACUCAAUACUGUGAAUUCUGUGCUACCUGUGCUCCUCUGCUUACUAAUUACAAUAUUGGUUGUUAAUUUUUGAUGCCUAUGAGAAGAAAGGGCCUAAUUGCUAAGAAUCCUGGGGGCAAAAUUAACUCUCAGGAAGGACCACUACUUAGAGUCCUUGCAUUUAUCCUUUGCCUCUAAAAGAGCAUAGUUUUCUUGUUCUGUCUUGUUAUCUUCUUUGUGAUGCUUUGCAUAAUAAAUUACCCUGGCAUUUCCAACAA